UUCCAAUUCAGUCUCCAUCAACAAACAAAAACAACCAUCCAUGGCUGCAAACUGGGCCCCACCAUCCUUCUCAGGAAUCUCCCCAUAGUCCAUUCCAUGGGUCCCCCAACCCUCCUAUUAACACUUAAAUAUCCUCUCCCCUCCCCCAAUUUCACACUGCACCACUCUCAGUCUCACAUCUCCCCUCACCUUCCUUUCCUACCUCCCUCCCCUGUCUUCGUCUCUGUGCUCAUAAAUUCCUCCCCUCCAACGAAUUUCAAUGGCUGAUGACUUGGAAACAAUGGAUCACUCCUCUGACGAUUCCUCAUCCGUGGACUCCUCAGAGGAUGCGAGUCGGGACUCGAAGCUCGAGUUCUCCGAGGACGAGGAGACCCUCAUAAACCGGAUGUACAAGCUGGUGGGCGAGCGGUGGUCCCUUAUCGCCGGAAGGAUCCCCGGGCGGUCCGCCGAGGAGAUCGAGAAGUACUGGACCUCGAGAUAUACGUCUAGCUAGGAAUGAAAGAACCCGGGACAAUCGGGUUCCCGGGUGGUUGGCGCUUUCAAGAAAAAAAUUUUGGGAGGUGCUUUAGGAGAGCUUUGCGUAGCAUAGUUUGGUUAUGUGGGGAAUGCCUUUUUAUUUUUUUUUUCUCUCUUCUUGGGUGCAAGUUAGCUAACCAUGUAAUGAAGCUGCAGUCUGUGUGUAGAGUUGGGUUACUUUCAGUGGAAUUGCUUUUGCUGAGAUCUUCAUCUUAUUGCUUUUGGAAUAGAAGCUUAAAUUAAGGA